CCCACCUUGACCAGGAGCCCCAUCUUUUCUCUCUCCCCACCCUCCAGCCCCCAAACCCGUUGGCUGGGCCAUCCCCGAGCCUUUUCAAUGUAUAAAAUGGAAUAUUCUUACCUCAAUUCCUCCGCCUACGAGUCGUGCAUGGCAGGGAUGGACACGUCCAGCUUGGCUUCGGCUUACGCGGACUUCAGCUCGUGCAGCCAGGCGAGUGGCUUCCAGUAUAACCCCAUCAGGACCACUUUCGGGGCCACCUCCGGGUGCCCGUCCCUCACCCCCGGAUCCUGCAGCCUGGGCACCCUUAGGGACCACCAGAGCAGCCCAUACGCGGCAGUCCCCUACAAGCUCUUCACCGACCACGGGGGCUUGAACGAGAAGAGGAAGCAGAGGCGAAUCAGGACCACCUUCACCAGCGCGCAGCUGAAGGAACUGGAGAGGGUGUUCGCGGAGACUCACUACCCAGAUAUCUACACCCGGGAGGAACUGGCCCUCAAAAUCGACCUCACCGAAGCCAGAGUUCAGGUCUGGUUCCAGAACCGACGGGCGAAGUUCCGCAAGCAGGAGCGCGCCGCGGCGGCAGCGGCGGCCGCAGCCAAGAACGGCUCGUCAGGGAAGAAGUCCGACGCGUCGCGGGACGAUGAGAGCAAAGAGGCCAAAAGCACCGACCCGGACAGCACCGGCGGGCCCGGCCCCAACCCCAACCCGGCGCCCAGCUGCGGCGGCGGCGGGCCCAGCCCCACGGGAGGCCCCGGCGGACCCGGAGCCGGCGGGCCCGGGCAGGAGGCCGGCAAAGGCGCGCCGUCGGGGCCUGGCGGCUUGUCGGCGGCGGCGGCGGGGCCCGGGCAGGGCUGGGCCCCCGGGCCGGGGCCGAUCACCUCCAUCCCGGAUUCCUUAGGCGGGCCCUUCGCCAGCGUGCUCUCGUCGCUGCAGAGACCCAACGGCACCAAAGGCACCUUGGUGAAGAGCAGUAUGUUUUGAGCGCGGGGCCGGCCGGCCGGGGCUGCGUCGCCGGGGCCGGGCCUCCCUCGACGGGCGCUUCCCCAAUGGCCGAGAGCGAGGAGGCGGCGCCCUCUGCAGGGAAGGGACUCGCCAGGCCUCCACUCCUGCCCUCCUCGCUCACGUCGGAGCGGCCCCGACGGCGCGGACUUGCAAGCGACCUUGCCCGGGCUACGAACAAGCGAGCGCGCCCCGUAGUGCGCAUCGCUCUGCUGCAGCAGGCGCCGCGCCACCGCCCUCUCCUCCUUGCGCAGUCCCUCUCUGGGAGAAAACUGUCCACAAGCUGCCAGUGUCGUUUUGUCGGUGUUGCUGCUGCUACUGCAAUGUAAUCCUUCCCCCCCCCAACCCCGCCAAACCCCCCUCUCUUGGCCGGGUUUUUCCUUGAGGCUGAGGCGCUUUCAGCGUGGCUGCACACCCGUCGCAAAACCGCGCGUCCGCCUUUGCGCAUCGUGAGCGCUCCAUUUGGUGAUUUGGCACAGCCGUCGCCUCCAACGUGCGCGCGUUAAGAGCCACGCGGUCUCCCCCUCCCCCGGGGCUAAAUUGGAGCCCCCCUGCCGCCGCCCACUCACUCACUCCUUUUCGUGGGCUGAGCUGACGAGGCCCAGAGAACAUGUACAGAGUUGAGAGGUCUAAAUUUGUAAACGUACUGAAACCAAGGGGUUGCUGUGCAAGUGGUUUGUACUGUAACUAGAGCACAGCUUCUGAAUGUAUCGGUUAGGCUAGUAGGACGCCCACCCCUUCCUGCUUUCGCAGCUUCCCUAGAAUAUAAUUGACACGGAGGGUCUAAAAAUUACAGUUAAAUGUUAUGUUACACCGGAGGGGGCGGGGACAUAGUUACAGAAUCAGUGCAAUCUGGUUAUGUUUUAUUCUGAACCAAAUUCCACACUCUUCAAUCGGGCUUACUCCCUUAAUAAGCAUGUUUAAGCCUUAAACUUUACAGAUUGCCGUCUCGGUAGAUCAAUCUGUGUUUUCUAGGUAAGGGAGCGCAUUUCUGAAGGCUUCCCAGAAAUAUUUUUGCACCGCAAAACACCAGCCCUCGUGGAAACCGCAGCUUGCCUCAGGGAAAGCUACUUUUGUUUAGCAUUCCUCUUAAACAAGGUGACCUAAUUUGAUGUGGCAGUUGUCAGAGGGUAUGUAUGUAUGUAUGGUUCAAGCUACGUUAAGGUGGUUUAGGGCGGUGUGCCAAAUGGUUGUGCCCGGGUACCGCUUUGUAACUGCAGCAUCUGUGAUGACUUGCAUUUGUGAAGGUGCAGCCAGAGGACCCAGCCCAUCUCCUCUUGCGAGGGUGAUCAAAAGUCGUAUCAGAGUUCAGCUGCCAGCCCUCAGCCACACACAGUAAUCCGCUGAGACGCGUGAGAAGCAGUUCUUGGACCAACUCCGUUUCCAGCCCUGCCGAGUGACAACGUGAACCGGCCCUGACCAUUCAGCAUAGCCAACCUUCUUAUUGCGAUCAUUACUAGCACUGAUUAGAUUUUUCAUUUACGGCCCUGCCCUUUCCCCACCGCAGUUGCUGCAAACCUACCGUAAUUGUGUGUUUCAAUGUGCAGGGAGAAGUUUACAGAAGGUGAACCAACUCUCUGUCCAAAAUAGCCCCAGGGGUCUUAACAGCCCCUUCUGGCAAAUGGAUUGGAAUUCAUUCUGAAGAUUACGAUGACAUUGUCCAUGCAGUUUUUAGGCAUCUCUUCUUAGGGUUUUAAAAAUGUUUCUUUUACAAGGCACAAGAACCUAGGUAUUAGUUAUGUCGACAGGUAUGCUUUCCCAUAUUUUUCUGUGUCUUUCUAAAACUGUGUUCUGUGACUCAAUUGUAUAGUGUUAAUAUUGAUACAAACUUGUCUACUCUAGUUAGACGUAUAAAUAAUGUUUUCUCUCCUUGUAGUCUUUAUGGUGUGUCUUUAUGGAGAAAUGAGGUUCUCACUGGUUACAAUUCUUUGCGUUUAGAGAGGUCGGCUUCAUGCAAUGGUAUCAGCUUUGGUUAUCAAUUGCAUGUUGUCUCUUUUUUAUUAUUGUUAUUUUUCCUUUUGUGUUGGGAUAUGUUUGUGAGCAUUAACCAUCAUAAAUUAUGUUUCAGGAUUUUCAGAUUUAUUUAUAUGUGGUUAAAAUGAAUGCUUCUAUUUAAAAGGGGAAAUAUUUCUACAUGUGCAUAUAGUUUUCCAAGAGUGUACCAUUAACUGAUUGUUGAUAAUAAAAAUGAAAAGCAAAUACAGGCCCUCUA